GUUAAUUAAUUAAUUAAAAUGGCGGCUGCACCUGGAGAUCAUCAAAAUCCUUCUAGCUGCUCAAACCACUACUAUAUUGGUGUGGAUGUCGGCUCAGGCAGUGCAAGAGCUGGACUGUUCACCAGUGGAGGCCAACUAGUGAUGCAUUGCAAAGAGGAUAUCAAAUUGUGGAAAAAUGACAAUCAUUGUGAGCAGUCAUCAGAGGACAUUUGGAGAUCUGUUGUAGCUGCAAUAAAGGGUGUAUGCAGUGAGGUAAGCCACACUGACUGCAUUGGCGGUAUUGGCUUUGAUGCUACCUGCUCUCUGGUUGCCGUGGACACUAUGGGAAAUCCAGUUACCGUUAGCCCCACUACAGAGAAAGAAAGAAACGUAAUAUUCUGGCAAGACCACAGAGCCGUGGAAGAAGCAAAUGAAAUUAAUGCAAUGCAUCACCCUGUCUUAAGAUUCGUGGGGGGUAAAAUCUCUCCCGAAAUGCAACCCCCCAAACUUCUCUGGCUCAAGAGGCACCUCCGUGAAGAGUGCUGGACAAAAGCGGCUCAUUUCCUAGACUUGGCUGACUAUCUAACGUACAGAGCCACUGGGAGUACCUCAAGGUCACUUUGCUGCCUGGUAUGCAAAUGGACGUACAUUGGACACUCACCCGGUGAGGCUGAUCUUGUCCGAGGGUGGAACGAUUCAUUCUGGCAUUCGAUUGGUCUAUCGGACUUAGUGGUGGAGGGAUACUCUCGUAUCGGUACAGAGGUCAUGACCCCUGGCUCUCCAGUGGGGUGUGGUCUCACAGUGGGUGUGGCUAAAGAGCUCGGACUUCCUGUUGGCCUACCUGUGGGUACGGGGAUAAUAGACGCACAUGCUGGUGGACUGGGUAUGAUUGGUGCACGUUGUUCUGCCGAUAGCUCAGAGUGCACUUUGACCUCUAGGUGUGCCAUUAUCGGAGGAACAUCAUCUUGUCACAUGACAACUUCGUGUGACCCUAUCUUUGUGUCUGGUGUGUGGGGUCCCUAUUACUCUGCCAUGUGUCCCGGCUACUAUCUCAACGAGGGGGGUCAAAGUUCAUCCGGCCAACUGAUUGAUUUUAUCAUUGACGGCUACCAUCCUGAAGUGCUGAGUCAGCUAAACGAGAGAGCAUGCAUCAGUGGUCGCACUAAAUACCAAGAACUGGAAGAGGAGGUUUUAAAGAUUUCUGGUGACCAAAACUCAUGCUUCCUAACAAGAGACCUCCAUGUCUACCCAGACUACCAUGGCAACAGAUCACCCCUAGCCGACCCUGAGCUACGCGGCAUGGUCACAGGGCUGACUCUAGUGCACUCCAUAUCAGACCUGGCCAGACUCUAUCUCGCUACCAUCCAAUCUCUAGCUUACAGUACUCGGCACAUCCUUGAAGCCAUGCAGAGUGAAGGACACCAUUUUAAAGAGCUGCUCCUCUGUGGAGGUCUGAGCAAGAACAAUCUAUAUCUCCAGGUCCAGGCAGAUGUUGCUGGCCUCCCUGUGCUACUGACAGACUGCAGUGAAGCUGUUCUCCUAGGCAGUGCAGUACUGGCGGCUGUAGCUAGCGGAGUACAGUUGCAAGAGGCCAUGGCAACCAUGAGCAAAGUUUCUCUGGAUACUUCCGUGCAACCAAACAAACAACCAGAAAUUGUCAAAUACCAUGACAACAAGUACACCGUAUUCAAGGAAAUGUGCAGCGAUCAAAUCAAGUACAAGAAAAUGAUGAAGGACACAUGAUUAGACGAAAUUAGUGACUACAUUAUUUUCGUUGUUUCAUGUGUGGCCCGUGGUUGUGUACGUGAUGCUUGGGUUCAUCUUGUGACUUGUGAUAUAAUUUUUCUAUGACAA